GGUGUGUUUAAGUGGGGGCAAGAGUUCACCUCUGCUUUAGUCAGUACAGUGGACUCCGGUGAAGGAGUAAAGAUCAGACGAGACCGGGAGACAGGCGGGAGGUUUCCAAUGUCAUCAGUGACAUAUUUUACCUACAAGGGGAUCCUUUUUCCCACAGUAGAGUACGCAGCAGAAGAUCUCGCUUAUCUGGAAAAUGAAUUUCAGGUGUUGGACGAUGAUACCAUUACUCUCUCUUACCCCAAGUCAGGUACCCACUGGAUGUUGGAGAUAUUGGGCUUAAUCCAGCACAAUGGGGACCCCACAUGGGUACGUAGUUCACCGGUGGUAGAACGGUCACCGUGGAUUGAGAUUGUUCCUGGCCUGAAAACUGCCUUGAAAUAUCCUCCACCCAGGCUCCUGGCUUGUCACCUGCCAGUUCAGCUUUUCCCCAAGUCCUUUCUUCAAUCUAAAGCCAAGGUUAUCUACGUCAUUCGCAACCCCAAAGAUGUACUCAUCUCACUAUUCUACUUCACCAGGAUAAUUAAAAUAUGGAAGGAGUCCGGGACCCUUGAGGAAUACCUGCAGACAUUCUUCAGUGGAAAUUUGCCUUAUGGUUCCUGGUUUGACCAUGUGAAGGGCUGGAUGGCGUUAAAAGACAGGCCCAACUUCUUCUUCAUCACCUAUGAAGAAAUGCAUCAGGACCUCAGAGGCUGCGUGGAGAAGGUCUGCCACUUCCUUGGCAAAGAACUCAAUAAGCAGCAAAUCGACUCUGUGGUGGAGAACGCCUCCUUCCAGAAGAUGAGAGAGAACAAGAUGUGCAAUGGCUCUCUGUUACCACACCACAUUCUAGAUAAAAAGAAAGGCCAGCUGUUGAGGAAAGGAAUCUGUGAAGACUGGAAGAAUCACCUGACGCCGAAGCAGGAAGAACUCUUUGACCGUGUCUAUCAGGAGAAGAUGCGGGAUAUGAGUGUUGCCUUCCCAUGGGACUGAAAAAUGCCCGAAUGAUCCUCACCAUAUUUAGCUUCGUCGUGCUUGCAUGUCUCACUUGGCUGCAAAUCCCUCCUGCAAAGAAACCAUAUCCUGUUAAUAUGAAAUUCUUGAUCUUGCAGAUGGGAUCAGACGAUUGAGUAGCAAUUACCUAGUCUACGCAACAGAGUGUGGUCAGAAUUCUGGAGUUUGGAUCACGCUGGACUCAAACCCAUAGCAUGGAAUCCCUCUUGCUCUGAGAAGCAACUUCCAGAGGCUUUCACUUUGGCUUUCUUUGGUUCUUGUAUACCUGUUUUUUAUGAGAGCUGGCAGAAGUCUGCAGCAUCCCCCCCCUCCGACACAAACCAGAAAGGGGGGCCAUGACAGAGCACUAAAUUGAGUAAAGGUAUUUGACUUUAACAUAUAAAUUAUAACAAAGAGACAGUGAGGGUCCGAAGCCAAGAUAAAGGGUUAAAAACCCUCUCUGGCCAAGUGGAGUGAGACAUUCCAUUAGGCCUUAGAAUUAAUGCUGACAGUGCACAUUUUUAAGCUAUAGCAGACAUAUAGUCAGCAGCGGAUCUAGGGUUGCCCGCGCCCGGGGCAACCCUCGGCCGGCCACCUUGCGCGCGUGCUCCCUGCGCUGCGUGAUGACGUCACUUCGGUGACAUCAUCACGCAGGGUGGAACAGAGGCAGCGUGCGGGGCUGGGAAGCCACCCGCGCCAUUCGCCUCCCCGCAGAUGAAUGGCGCGGGAGGCCUCACAGCCCCCCGCGCUGCUUUCACCUGCCCCGCAGGACAGGGGGUGGCCGGCUUGCCACACCCCUGCCCUGCAGGGCAGGCAAAAGGCAGCACAGCCACCCGCGCCAUUCGCCUGCCGCGCAGGACAGGGGGCGGCUGGCCGCCCCCUGUCCUGCGGGGCAGGCGAAUGGUGGGGGCAGCCCCGCAGCCCCCCGCACUGCCUUUUGCCUGCCCUGCAGGACAGGGGGCAGCGCGGGGGGCUGCGAGGCUGCCCGUGCCCUCUGGCAGCUGCUCCCGGCGCCCCCUCCCUGGUGAUGCUGGGGGCAGACUACCCCCUGCCCCCCCUCGAUCCAGCCCUGCAUAUAGUUCAAGUCAAGUGUGAAGAAAAUGUUCCAAAACAAUGCUAUAGUAGGCACAAGGUUAAGGCCCACCUGAGAGCAAAAAUAGAGUUAGGAACCAUGUGACCAUAUACAUCAAAGGGCCAUGUGACCAUACACAUUAGGGUUGCCAGGCCCCCUCAGUCUUCCAGCGGGGGAUUGGGGGCCUGGCUCUUACUUGUGUGCCUAGGGGUCUGCAUGCGCGCGGAGCGCUCCUGGAAAUUGCCAUGAUGUCCCUUCCAGGAAGUGAUGUCAUCAUGCUGUGCACGCCUCCCCAGCGCGCCCCACGCUCCGCAGGGGCUUGCGUUGGGGGCUGCUGUGGAGCUCAGGAACGCUCCUACACCCCACAGUGGCCCAAAACGCACUUGCGGAUCGGGUCCAUUUUGAGGUGCUGCAGAGUGCAGGAGUGCUCCUGCGCUCUGCAGCACCUCAAAAUGGGGCCGUUUUGGCCCGGACUGGGCCCAUUUUGGGGUGCUGCAGCACGCAGGAGCGCUCCUGCAUGCUGCAGCACCCCAAAAUGGGGCUAAUCCACGGGAGCGCGCAGCUCUGCAUGGGAGCGUACACAGAGGGUGUGCCACCCCACUGGCCAGACGGGGUGUGGGGGGCAAGGGUGGGGGCAGGGGAUCCCCCGCCCCUACCAGGGGUCUGGCACCCUAAUACACAUCAGAGGGCUGGCAAAACUCUCUAUAAAAGGAGUACCCACGGGGUAGUCUUUGCCACUCCUUGGGAAGACACAAGGGCUUUGUGUUUGCCAUCUGGUGGCCAUUGUGCUUCCUCUGGGAACCCCUAAGGACCCACUUUGGUCCAGGGGCUUCCCAACAGGUAAGUCAAGACGUCCUGUGGGAUUGAGAUUUUUGCUAUAGCAUUUAAGGUUGCUUGCUUUUAGGUGUAAGGAUUUAUAUUACAUAGGUUAAGAAUUUGUAUUAAUUAGAAUUGCAUAAGGAUUUUGCCAUAGAACUAUUAAGGCUUUAUAGGAUUAAGGUUAAGUAUUCUCUUUAGGUCUUUAUAAGGGUUAUAAGUUACAACACUAUUAAUUGCAUGCUUCUAUAUCUGUGGUUUUUACCAGUCUUGCUAAUCAUCUGCAGUAUCCAAGGGCAGACAGGCCUAGUGGCGCUGUUUCCUGUCAUUUAUUGUAACAUUCUUCUCAUUUCAAAAAUAAACCUUGGUACUGGUUAA